UAGCUCCCGGUUAGCUCAGUUAGCUCAUUAGCUCCCAGCUAGCUCCACUCUCUCAACAGGUGAACAGAUCCAGUGAAUCAGCAGUGAGCCAUGAAGAGGAGAUCCUCCAACAUGGAGAGGAGAUCCUCCAACAUGGAGAGGAGAUCCUCCAACAUGGAGAGGAGAUCCUCCAACAUGGAGAGGAGAUCCUCCAACAUGGAGAGGAGAUCCUCCAACAUGGAGAGGAGAUCCUCUAGUCACGUUGGGAAGUUCACCAUCACUCAGAAGUUCCACAGGAGGACUCGUUCCCGGCCGACCAGGACCAUCAUGACCCGCAGCCAGGUCUCCUCCUGCUCCUCCUCCUCCUCCUGCUCCUCCUCCUCCUGCUCCUCCUCCUCCUCCUCCUCCUCCUCCUCCAGCCUCUUCAGCAGACUCCCGGCGGAGGUGUUCGACCUGGUCCUGGACCAACUGACCGUGGUGGAGGUGAGCGUGUUCAGCAUGGCGUCUAAAGAAAUCAGCCAGAAGGUUGUUGACUACGUCUCCACGCUGAGCUGGAGGAGCAGAACCGUCCUGCAGACCUUCCACGACUCCACCUGCCGGGACCACAGCUCCAUCAUGGGGCACUACAGGGACCUGGGUUUGUUGUUCAAGAGAUGCACGCUGUUACUACCAACAAAGGAAAGGUUAAAGUUUAUCUUUAGCAAGUUCUCACAGGUGCCCUGCUUCCUGUUGGAGCAGUGUUUCCAUCUGGACUGCAGCGGGUUCUCCUGCUACGGAGUCUUCCUGCAGACGCUGAUCGCUGGCUGGGAUGAACUCGAGUGUCAGCGAGUCUUCAACUUCCUGUGUGACAUCACAAACCUGCUGAACAAGAUGGAGACCGUCAUCUCUGGGAAACCAGGGGUCCAGUGGUUCCAGCAGGUGCAGCUGCGUCUGUUCUGCCGUCAGGUCCUGUUGGACCCGUGGUCCAGCCAGCAGGAGACGCAGUUCUGGCUCCUGCUCCUCCUCAAGCCCUGGCCCCUGGUCAGCCAGGCGCACCUCCUCUUCGUCUUCUACGGACCGGUGAGGCUCCACGCUCCUGUGGGCUGGCAGGACCUGGUAGGUGGAGGUGUUGCUCACAGUGCUCUGUGGGAUCUGGCCCGGGCGCUCCUCCUCCUCUACACCAGGCAGGAGGUCAAAGGUCACAACAACAACUCACUGCUGGCCAUCUUUGAAGAGCUCAUAUUCCUGCCCCUCCCGUGGCAUGUGGAGAACGUGUCCCGGUUGCUGGUUCUCUGUGGCAGCAGUCUCUGUUAUUCUGUUCUGGCCAGUAAAGCUGUUAACGGACGCCUCCCCGAGAUCUCCAGACUCAUCGUCUUCAUCGUCCUGGUGUGUGAGAAGGACGGCUACCACAUGUCGUGGGCGGUGAAGAUGGUUCAGAGCAUCGUUCAGAUCUUCAGCACGGUUUCUGAACGCUUCCUGUUCAUCCAGCAGCUGGAGAAGAUGUUCUCAGAGGUCACCAAGGAGUUCUUCCAGCUCUGUGACGGAGGGAACCAGGACCGUGAAACCUUCCAGAACCUUUGUAUCCUGCUGGAGUCCAGCACUCGCUUCCACACCAAGUUCCUCCACAUGCUCCUCAACUGAUCCAACCGCUGACAGGAGGAGGAGGAG